GAGACUCCUGCUCCCACCUUCUGCAUCUUGACGACAUGGCACUGAAACUCCCAGGAACUGUUCCCCUCUGUAUUAUCAGCCUUGGAAUUCUACUCAUGGUGUGUGCUGUCCCUGCUGAAGCUGGGCUAUCUCAGAAACAUGGUCCAGAUAUUGCUGAUGACAGCAAUGACAACAUCACCAUCUUCACGCGCAUUCUGGACAGGCUGUUGGAUGGGUAUGACAACAGACUGAGACCUGGGCUUGGAGACAGUGUAACUGAAGUCAAGACAGACAUUUACGUGACGAGUUUCGGCCCUGUCUCAGACACAGACAUGGAAUACACCAUUGAUGUUUUUUUCCGUCAGUCUUGGAGAGAUGAAAGGCUAAAGUUUGAUGGCCCCAUGAAGGUCCUACCCCUCAACAACCUGCUGGCCAGCAAGAUCUGGACCCCUGACACCUUCUUUCACAAUGGCAAGAAAUCAGUAGCCCACAACAUGACCACGCCCAACAAGCUUCUGCGCCUGGUGGACAAUGGCACCCUCCUGUACACCAUGAGGUUAACAAUCCAUGCUGAGUGCCCCAUGCACCUGGAGGACUUCCCAAUGGAUGUACAUGCCUGCCCACUGAAAUUUGGAAGCUAUGCCUACACGAAGACAGAGGUAAUCUAUACUUGGACGCUGGGGAAAGAUAAAUCAGUAGAAGUGGCAAAAGGUGGAUCUCGCCUCAAUCAGUAUGAUCUUUUGGGCCAUGUUGUUGGAACAGAGAUGGUUCGAUCUAGUACAGGGGAGUACGUCGUCAUGACCACACAUUUUCACCUCAAGCGGAAGAUUGGGUACUUUGUGAUACAGACAUACCUGCCCUGCAUUAUGACUGUCAUCCUAUCACAGGUCUCCUUCUGGCUUAACAGAGAGUCUGUCCCUGCCCGAACUGUUUUUGGUGUUACCACAGUCCUCACCAUGACCACCCUCAGCAUCAGCGCCAGAAACUCCUUACCAAAAGUGGCGUAUGCGACGGCCAUGGACUGGUUCAUAGCCGUCUGUUACGCCUUUGUGUUUUCUGCGCUGAUCGAAUUUGCUACAGUCAACUACUUCACCAAACGCAGCUGGGCUUGGGAUGGCAAAAAGGUACUAGAGGCCCAGGAGAUGAAGAAAAAGGAGCCAGUGGCACUGGUGAAGAAGACCAACAACACUUACAAUAUUGUGGGCACAACAUACGCCCUCAACAUCACCAAGGACCCCGGCCUGCCCACAAUCUCCAAGAGCGCUGCUGCCACUGCUGCCGCCACCACCAUGCCCCCCAAGGUGCCCUGCAUGGAGGAGAAGCCUCCUGAAAGCAAGAAGACCUAUAACAGUGUCAGCAAAGUGGACAAGAUGUCCCGCAUUGUCUUUCCUGUUCUCUUUGCCAUUUUCAAUUUGGUCUACUGGGCCACAUACGUAAACCGGGAGUCAGCUAUCAAGGGAAUGAUCCCCAAACAAUAAAACCAGCCACACAAACCUUCCAUCUGUGAGCACCAUUCAGGCAGGAAUUCUCUGGAGCUUUCUUCUCCAUCUGAGUUGUUAUUAAUUUAAUUAUAAUUUGAAUGAGAUCAAUGUAAUCAAAACUGUAGUAUUUAUUUAAUCCGUUAUUCAUUCAUUCAUUUUAAUUAAUUUAUGAUGAUGAUCAAGACAAAAGGAUCAUAAAAAGUGUGCCUCUAACAUUGUGAGUCUGAUGUCCUCCCAAGC